GCGGUCUCUCCGCUAUGAGGACGCGGCCGAGCAUCGCCAUCAUUGUUGUGGAGGUGGUACUUGUCUUCACGCCGUGUCACUAACACCUGCCUACGUGUAGCUGUCAGUGUCGUGUGUUUGAAGAAUUGUGAAGUCUGACCAUCGCAUCUACAGCAUAUUGUAGUGUGACUGAGGAUAUUUGUAGUGCUGCAUAGCCAGAAUCACUCCAGGUUCGUAGGAAGGUUGAACAAGCAAGUCAUCUAUUACCUAAGGAAAGAUAUGAAGAAAGUGUAUCUUGAUGCUUGGAUUGAAAAGACAUAGCUGUGAACUUAUGAUGCAGUGGAGAAAGAAGGAUAUGAACUUUACGUGUUAAUAGCAAAGAUGAAGAGACAAAUUGAAGUACUUGAGAUUGAUUAAACAAGGCUUGUUGAAUUUACUCUUACUUGAAAUUAUAUUUAUGUCUCAUUUUGUAUAUAUAUAGAAGAGUGGAUGAUAAAUGGAUAACUCUGUGCAAAGAGGAGGUAGAAUGUUGGGGAAGUUAUAUGGAAGUAACAGACCUCCACCUAGUGAUUGGAGGUUUGGAGCCUCAAGAAUGCUUGAUAGUUCACGGGCAUUCAAAGAUCCUCAAAUACAAGGGAAUUCACGACAGCAUGGAGAUUUCCGAAUGCAAGAAUCAAGACUACUUCUUGAAUCAAGGAUCGAAUCAAAUUAUUCACCUCCAAGAAUGUCUGAUGUUUCAGAAAUGCAGGGAAAUGAAAGAAUUCCUGAGAGGGUGCGUGGAGGUCCUCAGCUUCAGAGAGAAGUCAGAGCACAUCCAGAAUCAAGGAUACAUUCAAGUCAUAGAGUGCAAGGAAACUCAAGAAUAUAUGAAGACUUACCUUUGCAUGAUCAGCAAAGGUCAAGAUCAAAUGCUGUUGCUUAUGAUUAUAAUCAUCAACGUUCUGAUGAACACAGUCCAUUGAAAGACACUAGUGUUCCACCAAAUUUUAUUAUGAAUUCAAAUGAGAACAUAAGACCAGGGAGGAGUGUCUACAAUGUCCAAGACGACAGUAUAAGACAGGGAGUUUAUGAUGCUUUACCUGGGUUACCAAGUGAUAGUGCUGGGAAAAAGAAUAUAGGUCUUUUGCCACCGAAAAGUUAUGGUCCAUUAAGUGGAAUACCUCCUGGGCCAGGUCACAUACUGACACCUAGUCUAACAUCUUCAGGACCUCAGACUGUCGAUGGAAUUAAGUCUGUGGGAAAUAGAAGUUCCUAUCCAAAGGAAAAGAGCUCAAAAGCUUUUGAUUAUCUGAAAAAUUGGAGACUCAAGAUGAACUUGCCAACUGAUACAUUUUUACUUGAGAAGGAUGGUGCAGUAGGAAAUCAGCAAGGUCAUGAUAUUAUGGCUCCUCAUGCACAUGAUGAUUGGUACACACAACCUCCUACCGCAGAACCAAGGGUUGGAAGGGCAAGCAUUGACCCAGAAUGGAACAAUUCUGGCAAUUCAUUUGUUGAGAAGGAUGGCUAUGUGGAACGACCUAGCAAUAAAUAUGGAGAAACAAGGUAUGGUGUAUAUAAUGAACCAGCAGCAGCAUAUCCUCGAGAUCAAAUCCUCGAAAGUGAUAGAGCUAGUAACCAGCCAUGGAAGUGGGAUGAGGAAGCAUCCAAUAUCCAAAAUCAAGGGGCUAAAAGAAAUUAUGAAAGUAUGUCCUCAGGACAGGAUUUUAAUAGUGCACACAGAGAUAGCCAUUAUCUUGAAGAUGAGAUGUUGCAGUCAAAAAGAUCAAGGUUGUCUCCAUCUCGGAUGCAAGAUAAUAGAGAAACUGUAGAGCAUUAUGCACCAGUGGCAUCACAACAAGGCCUGUCACAGAAUAACCUAUCAUAUAAUGAUAAUGCAAAAUUUAAAAUGAAUGCUAAUGAACCAUUUUAUGAACCACACAAUGACUGGAAGACAUCAUCAUUUCAUAGAAGACCAUCUGUUAAUUCUAACAAAUUUAGACAAUCUCGAUCUCCCCAGGAUACCAGGAGUGAAAGUAUUGGCUCUAGACACAAGUUAUUUCCAGGAGAGAUGAAAGGAGUAAUGACAAGAGAAGGAUCACAACCAUCUUAUUCUCAAUCCAGAGAAGUGAGAAAUCUGUCUCAUAACAUGGCACAUUCACAGAGGUCACCAGAGCCUUUAGGAAGAGAUAGAUAUCCUGAGUCUCACCUUCAAGAUAGAGCACCCAGGUUAAUUGAUCAUGGAAGGUCUCCAGACCUUAAUCAGAACCCUAUGAAUCAAGGGAGACCACCACCACCCAAUGAAAUGUUUAUGGCUUCUGAUCAUUACUCACUGGAUAUAUCUCCAAGGCUAUAUCCCAGAUUAAGGUCAAACAGGUCUCCAGUGAAGGUUAAAUCUCCUGGACCAGGAAUGAGAGGAAGGUUGCCACCCUUCUCCCAUAGUAAGUCACCACCAGUGGCAUCCAGAGUAAGGGAUAGGUCAUCACCAUGGAGAAAAGGGAAGUCACCUGGACUUGGAAGAGGAAGACCUCUUGGACCAGAAAGGGAGAGGUCACCAGCACAUGUAGGAAGAGUGUCUCCUAGAGCAGUAGGAAAAGGAAGAUCGUCUGGACCUGGUGGGAGAGGAGGGCUGUCUGGACCUUCUGGAAAACAAAGAUCACCUGUAGCACAAAGGAUACCAGGCCCUCCAAGAAGAGAUAGGUCACCAGAAGUUGCAAGGAGAGGAAAGUCACCAGGACCCCUUAGAAGAAUGAGAUCACCUGUCUCUCCAAGAAGGAGAAUGUCUCCAGGUCCUCAAGGAAGAGAAAGGUCAUCACCAGGACCUCCAGGGAGAGGUAGAUCAUUAGAUCGUGGAAGAUGGAAGUCUUCAGGAAGACCAUUGGACCACUCAGGAAGAGGAAAGUCGCCAGAACUUCAUGGAAGAGACAGGCCACUAGGAUCAUCUGGAAGAGGGAAGUCACCAAUACUUGUAGGAAAAGGAAGAUCACCUAUACAUGCUGGGAUGGGCAGAUCUCUUGGGCCUCCAAGAGGACCAACAUCAGGGUCUCUAGACAGAGGAAGAUCACCUGGAAAGUCACAUUCACAUUCUGGUAGGAGGGCCACUCAAGGAUCACUUGAACGAGGAAAAUUAUUACCUGAGUCAUCUAGGAGAGGCUCUUCCCCAGGGGCUGGAAGAGCCAGGUCAUCAGGAACUUCUGGAAGAUCCAGGUUACCAGGGACAACUGCCAGAGACAGGUCACCAGGAUUCCAUGGGAGAGGAAAGCAAACUGGUGCUUCUGAUAGGGGGAGAUCUCCCAAGUUACAUAUUACAGGUAAGCCUUCUAAACCUAUCGAGGACAGUUCUCAUGGUUUGGUGCCUCAUCACUCUAGUGAAUAUCAGGAACAGCUUAGAUCUGGAAGUCCAGGUGCUCAAAGGAGGUCUGCCAAAGGUCAAACUAACUCUCCAAAUCAUCCUCCUAGAGGAAGAUCACCAAUGAAAGGAAAAUCUUUUGGAGGAGUGAGGACAAGAUCUGAUUCAUUCUCACAAACAAAGACAAGAUCUGUUGUGAAAGAGAGAUCCGAGAGACUUGGUUCCAGGUCUGCACGGUCUCCAGUAAAGAGAUUGGCACCAGGUCAUAGAGAAAAAAGUGAAAAUCUUAUAGGACAUGAAUAUGGAGAAUACAAUGAUAAAAUGGAGAGAUCACCAUACUUUGAAGAAAUUUCAGUGUCACCGAGAUUUUGGUCUCCCACAAGAAAAGGAGCGAUGAAUAUAAGCUCUCAACGUGUUAGGGAAAGGUCGCGGUCUGUAGAUGGACUUCAGAGAGGGUGUUCACCUGUCUCACCUCAGUCUGGGGGAUAUUCAGGCCGUAAUCUCUAUCCACAAGAGGCAUUCAUUCCAGAAAGAGAGGAUCACGUGCAACAAGAUCGUGCUACGCGGUUUUACCGUGAGUGCUCUCCUAUAUCAGUAGAUGGCUAUGCAGCUGUAGGAAAGGGUAAUUUAGAAAUUGAGUUGAAGGGCCAUGGUGGGAGCCAGCGAGAAAGAUUUUAUUCACCCUCAAGAGAAGUGUCAUUUGGGGCUGGAAGGAGUAGUGUGGAGAAGAUUCAUAGUACCAAAGGUAACUGGAGAGAACAUGAAAAAGACAGAGUCAGCCAACAUUAUCAUGGAAAGAAAGGUGCAGGGGAUAAGGUUUCAGAUCCAAAGGACGUGAAAAAAGUCAGUGGUAGUAAAUUUUCUGAUGCUGAUAUACGAGGAGGAACAUUGUCAGAUGAGGAAGUAGAUGAUGAGGACUUACGGAUUCACUUGCUACGUCUUCGAGAGCAAAAAGUGGAAAUGAAGUUAAUGAAGCUAGAGGAAGAAAGCAAAGAAACAGAGUUGAAGUUGUGGGAGCUAAAGAAGAAUCGUACAACACCAAGAGGAGAAAGUCCUAUUGGGAAUGAGAGGAGGCUCUCUGAAAAGGAAUCUUUUCAGCCACGUGGUCGUAAACAAGAGCCAUAUUCAUGGAAAAAUCAGCGUCUACCAUCUCCUGAACAGGAACGAUACCAUCGACAGCACAGACGGUUCUAACAUUUUAAUGUUAUUCUUGAAGCAGUGAUAGCCUUUCAUUAGGCUUCUUUAUAUAUAUAUAUA